CAAACAGCUUCAAGCUCCACAGAUUGCCUUUGCCUCGACCCGGUGAAGUGCUCGGGUUGGUUGGAACAAACGGUAUCGGGAAGAGCACAGCCUUGAAGAUUCUUAGUGGAAAGCUGAAGCCAAACUUGGGAAGAUAUGACAACCCUCCUGACUGGGCAGAGAUCCUGAAACACUACCGUGGAUCAGAGCUUCAGAGUCAGUUACUCUCUUCUCGAAGAAACUCCAAAUGCUGAUGAGCGUAGAUUACUUCAAGAAGGUCCUCGAAGAUGAUCUCAAGUCUGUCAUUAAGCCACAGUAUGUCGACCAGAUUCCAAGGGCUAUCCGUGGCCCUGUGAAAAGCGUUGGUGGUCUCAUCAAAUCACGCGCAACUAUGGAUAACCUGGAGGAGAUUCUGGAUGUACUUGAGCUAAGACAAGUCAUCGACCGAGACGUCAGUCUUCUCUCUGGUGGCGAGCUGCAACGAUUCGCUAUUGGAACGACCUGCGUGGCCAAAGCUGAUGUGUACAUGUUUGAUGAACCAUCGUCCUUCUUGGACGUCAAACAGCGUCUCAAUGCCAGUAAGAUGAUCCGCAGUCUCCUUCGCCCUGACGACUACGUGAUCGUGGUCGAGCAUGAUCUGGCAAUUCUUGACUACCUUUCCGAUUUCAUUUGCGUCUUGUACGGCAAACCGGCUGUCUACGGUGUCGUGACUAUGCCUGCAAGUGUCCGCGAAGGCAUCAACAUCUUCCUUGACGGCAAUAUUCCAACAGAGAAUCUGCGCUUCAGAGAGGAGUCUCUCACAUUCCGUGUCGGUGAGGCUGGUGAAGAGUUCAUCAUGGACCGCAGUAACGACUACGGGUAUCCCAAGAUGGAGAAGACCCUGGGCGACUUCCACCUGAGCAUCGAAGCUGGCUCCUUCACCGGCUCUGAAAUCAUUGUCAUGAUGGGCGAGAACGGCACUGGCAAGACGACCUUCUGCCGUAUGCUCGCAGGCGCAGAGAAGCCCGACGGCGGUAAAUCCAUUCCGCCCAUGAGCAUCAGCAUGAAACCACAAAAGAUCACCCCCAAAUUCCAGGGCACCGUGCGCCAGCUUUUCAUGAAGCAGAUCCGCGCCGCCUUCCUCAACCCCCAGUUCCAGACCGACGUCUACAAGCCGCUCAAGCUCGACGACUUCAUCGACCAGGAAGUGCAGAACCUGUCCGGUGGUGAACUGCAACGUGUUGCCAUCGUGCUCUCUCUGGGCAAGCCCGCCGACAUCUACGUCAUUGACGAGCCCAGCGCGUACCUCGACUCCGAGCAGCGCAUCAUCGCCGCCCGCGUCAUCAAGCGCUACAUUAUGCAUCUCAAGAAGACGGCCUUUGUCGUCGAGCACGACUUCAUCAUGGCGACAUACCUUGCCGACCGUGUCAUUGUCUUUGAGGGCCAGCCGUCCAUUGAUUCCCGCGCCAAUUCGCCCGAGAGUCUCCUGACCGGCUGUAACAAGUUUCUGAAGAACUUGGACGUCACGUUCAGACGCGAUCCCAGCACGUACCGCCCGCGUAUCAACAAGCAGAACUCGCAGCUUGACCAGGAACAGAAGCUCUCCGGGAACUUCUUCUUCCUAGAGGAAGAGAGUUGAAAUUGUUCUUCCUGAAAGCUUCCCAAAGACUUAUCCGGCCGCGUCCCGGUUACCAGAGUCGUUAUGCAAGCGUGAUGCACCAUUCUUCAGCCCCACCGUGACCAGUCUUGUUCGGUGCGAGAACGAACAGCUACUGCUACGCAGUUGAGGAUAUAUUGAACUGGGCAUGGACGAGGACGUCACAGAUGAAAGUGCACGAGUAGAGACGAUGAUGAAACUGGCAAUAAAUAUAUUACAUUUUCGUGAUUUUUAAGAGCAAAACGGGCCUACUAGUGCUUCCAGACGAGCGUGCAUGUUUCAGAGUGCUGCUAAAAGCUGGACUUAUGUUACGCUUCACACCGAAGCAAUGCUGUGCUAUUGUG